AUGGUAGCUUUGGUUUUUAGUAAAGUAAAUGUGGUUGAUGAUAGAAUUGACUGUGAACGUCCCCAUGUGCUGUCUUUCAAUGAAAUCAAACAAGCAGUCGAAAGAAUUGAAAGUGGGAUAAUACACACUCCGCUAUGUGAAGCAAAACUCAGUAAACAUAUGGAUUACAACAUAUAUUUAAAAUGUGAAAACCUUCAGUACACUGGCAGUUGUGCUGAACGCGGUAUGCGUAACGCUCUUGUGGCGUACGGUGAAAAAAUAAUGGACAGAGGAAUAAUAGUACCAUCACAAGGAAACAUGGCAUUGGGCGCUGCUUACCAUGCAAGUUUCUUCGGCAUCCCGGUAACUGUUGUUCUUCCCGAUCGCACCUCUCCUGCCCUGGCUCAUCGUUGUACCGAAUUAGGAGCGGAUGUUGUUCUGUACGGGACCAGUUAUGACGACGCUCUAGCUUACGCCAAAAAAGUACAACGUGAAAGUAGACAAAUCCUAUUGAGCGCCGACGACCCUUUGGUGAUGGCUGGGCUGGGCACAGUCGGCAUCGAGAUCAUCACGCAAUUGCCAGAGACAGAUGCAGUAAUUGUUCCGGUCGCCAGCGGCGCUUUGCUCGCAGCAUUACUUGUUUCAUGCAAGAGACUAAAAUGCUCGUGUUUGAUCUACGGUGCUGAAUGUGCAAAAGUGCCAAAGAUGAUGAAGGCACUUCAGGCUGGUAAACCAGUCUCCGUGCCGAUCGUCUCGAAUCUUGCAGAGGGACUUAACGCUUCUAGAGUAGGAGACAAUACUUUUGCUACUAUUAAAGGACGACUUGAUAGAAUGUUGGUAGUUGAAGAGUCAUAUAUCGCCCGUGCUAUGAUAUCAGUAUUAGAACGGGAACGGCUUGUAACGGACUGCGCUGGAGUCUGUGCUGUGGCAGCUGUAAUGCAAGGUUUAGUGCCAGAGCUCCGUGGAAAACGGGCGGUAUGUGUGCUGAGCAGUGGAAACGUAGACUCGGGUCGCCUGUCUCGUUCUAUACAACGUGGGCUCGGUGCUAGCGGUAGACUCCUUCGGUUUGCGGUUGCCGUGCCCGACCAUCGAUCGGGACUGGAACACCUCGCUAAAACGAUCGCAAAUGAGAAUGCCGUUCUGAAGAGUCUUGUUACUGAGCAAAUGUGGGUGCACAGCGAUGUUGGCUCUACUUGGGUGAAUGUUGUGGUAGAGACUGCCAACGAGGUACAUGCCAAUAAAUUAAAGGAUCGUUUGCGUGAUCUUUAUCCGUCUGCUAGAUUUGCUGUCAUUGAUCUCGAUGACAAAUACAAAAUUGCUGUGCGAUAAUUGAUGUUAAUGCU